AUUAUGAACACAUUUUGAGUGUUUUUGAACAGAAAGAUUAGAGAUGGGUUCAGAAAAUGUUAAUAAUAUGCCUUCAUCAAGCCCAUGGAGAAGGACUUUAAAAACCUCUGUUGCUGCACUCUCGGUAGAAUGUGGGUAUCAGUGUGCAGAAAAUUUAGCUUUGGAGACACUUAUAGAGAUGACUCAAGCAUACAUUUGGGAAGCUGGACGAAGCUCAAGUGCAUUUGCUGAACUAGCAGGCCGGACACAUGGUAUGCCAAGUGAUGUUGUUUUAGCCCUUAUUGAAAUGGGUCUUGACUUUACAGCCAUUCCAGCACAUGCAAAACGUGAAAAUAAAACUGUUUAUCUUCCUCCUGUACCUGCACAAGCACCUGCACCCUCAAAAAAUCUGCAAGUUGGUGAGAAGAGAAAAAAUCCCAUACACAUACCUGAGCAUUUACCCUCUUUUCCAGAUCCUCAUACCUACAUUAAAACACCGUGCUUCAAGCAAACUGCUAAUGAAUACCAGCUGUUUAGGGAGAAGGCUGCAUCUCAAAAGCGUGAUGUUGAAGUAGAUCUGACACGUUUUAUUGCAAAAACUGGAGCAACACACUCUUUGUUCUAAGAUGAUAAAUCUGCUUUUUCAUUAAUUGCUUAUGUGCCAUCUGAAUAUGAGACAAUUGACAAUCCUUAUCUCAUGCCUGCUAAAAUUGCCAAAAAGAAAUGGAGAUAG